AUGGCGGAUCCCACCAAGGCAGAAACUGAGCAGGUGUUCAAGGUGCUGAAGGCGCAAAAGGGAAACAAGAUGUGUUUUGAUUGUCAAGCCCGCAAUCCAACAUGGUCCAGCGUGACUUAUGGCAUCUAUAUCUGUCUAGAAUGCUCAAGUGUACAUCGUAAUAUGGGAGUGCACAUCAGCUUUGUUCGAUCGACAAACCUCGACAGCUGGCAGCUGAAUCAACUCAGGACAAUGAAGGUCGGGGGAAACACUUCCGCCAGAGAGUUUUUCACGAAACACGGAGGAUCCAUCGUACUGGGAGAUCCAGACACCAAGAAGAAGUAUUCAAGCCGAGUUGCAGAGUUGUACAAAGAAGAGCUCGCCAAACGUGUCAAAGAGGAUGCUGUAAAAUUCCCCACCCGGGUGGUCGUCGAGGGAAUGGGCGACCUAACCCUCUCCCCGGGUUCGCAAGGCGGGGAUGACGAUGACUUUUUCUCGUCGUGGAACAAGCCCGCGACGCCCAAGUCGCCUGCUUUUAUCUCGUCGAAACCGGCACCACCCGUGCUGGGUCGCUCCCUCAGUACGUCCGCAUCCAGUGACAGCCCGCCUACAACACCGCGUACGGCUAGCUCGUCGUCUUUCCGCUCCACUUCUUCUAACGGCGGCGCACGACCUGCCUCCAAGCUUGGCGCUUCUCGCCUGACCUCCUCGUCGAGUAGCAUCACCGCCACUGCCUCUGCGGGCUCUGCUCCAAAGAAGUCCAAGCUCGGCGGUCUGGGUGCAAAGAAGGCUGCAGCGCCCCUGGACUUUGCUGAGGCGGAGCGGCGUGCAGCGGAAGAGGCUGAGCGAGUGAGACAGCUGGGAUAUGACCGGGAACGGGAGAAAGCGGAAGAGGAGGCGAAAGCAAAGGAGGUGGAGGCUACGACUCCGAUGAGUGCGAGGCCAAUCAUGAGCGCGAAGGUCGUCCCCAACACCCCGGUGAGCGCUGGGCCAAAGGGAAAUGCCCAGGACAUGGAGCGGCUGGGCAUGGGUAUGAAGCGACUCGGAUUUGGCGCUGUGCCUGCUGCGAGCACAUCAAAGCCUGCCGUGGAAGCAGAUGCUCCGACAUUUGCGCGCGAGAAGUUCGGGAAGCAGAAGGCGAUCUCGUCGGAUAUGUACUUUGGGCGGAAUGCAUAUGAUCCCGCUGCAGUCAACGAGGCGCAGACGCGGCUGCAGUCUUUCCAGGGUGCACAGUCUAUAUCGUCAAAUCAGUACUUCGGGCGUGAAGAAGAGGAGGAAAUGGGCAUCGGUCCGUCUGAGGGAGGGAUGCUAGGCGAUGGUACUUUGUCCGGUUUGGAGAACGCUGCGAAGGACGCGAUCUCGCGGGUGCUCGCUAACCCGGAUGUACAGAAUGUGGGGGAGAGUAUUAGAACUGGCGCACUCAAGUUAUCCGAUUACCUGGCCCAAAUGUCUGAGCGUUGA